AUCAGCACCAGAAUCAAAACAAAAAUCCAAAUAUGCAUCUACACGUUUAGACAAUAAUAGACUUAUGAAUAAAUGCUGCGACCAGACAAGCAACACGCGUCCGGUGUCUGCCAUUGCGCGCGUGGUUGGGCGGGAAUCGAGAGAGCGCGAGACAGGAGACAAGGGCGCGCGCGACAAGGAGAGGGGAGGAUACUGGGACAAGUCAACAGUCAAUAUAUAGAAAAAGAGGUAAACCUUGUUGCUGGUAUACAACAUCCAACGGUUUAAUGCUCGUUUAAGAGGGAUUUUAUUCAACCUAUAACUUUUCAUUACAUUUCAAACGCCAUAAAAAAAGAAUUCAGGGGACAGAAAAGGGGUCGUGGAUCUACAGUCGCGCGGAUCGUGUCAAUAGGAAAAAGCCUAUUUUGCCCCACUGUUGCUCAUCCACUUGUUUUACAACUACCCUUAAGAAGACGAGACAAGUAACCAUGGAAACUGUUCUGGUCUUCCUUUUUUCCCUCCUAGUCUAUGUUGCAGCUUUGUCUGACACCACUGCCCAAGAUGGAAAAAAUAAGGUGUUGAAUCCAUUUGCAUAUGACUAUGAGAGUUUGAGGAUUGGAGGUUUGGUGUUGGCAGUUGUGCUCUUCGCUCUGGGAGUGCUUCUUAUCCUCAGUCGCAGGUGCCGCUGCAGUAUCAACCAGAAGUCCAGGGCCCCAGGAGAUGAGGAAGCUCCAGCCGAGAACCUCUUGGCCUCCAAGGCUAAGGAGACUCCUAAGGCAGAGAACUAAGACAGUUCAGUGUUGUCAAGCAAGCCGUGGCUGAAUGACUUCACUGAUGCUGAGGAUGGUGAUGAUGAUGAAGCUGAUCCAGAUCAUUGCUAUGGAGGAGAAAGAGAUUUGGGAGGGGGAGGAGACUAUGACUUGGGUUAUUAAUGGGUCAGUGUCUUGUACGUAGACCUCUAGUCCUGUCACGUGACCAGUAACCGUAAUUGUCUUUCCGUCUGUGCCCUUUUGCGACAGUCCGUCUUGAGUGUGUUGUUUAGCAAAACUAGCUCCUCCCUAGCUGAACUUGUGCAAUUGGUUUAAUCAUUUUGUUUAACACAUAUUAAAGGGAUAGUUCACCCGAAAAUUAUAGAUCUGUCAUCAUUUACUCACCAUCAUUGUUGUUCCAAAUGUUUAAGACUGUCUUUCUUCCAUGGAACACGAAAGGAGAAUUUUAGCAGAAUUUCCAAGCUGCUCUUUUCCAUACAUUGAAAGUGGAUGGUGACCAGGGGCUGUCAAGCUUUAAAAAGGACAUAAAAGAAGUCCAUGCAACUUUUGUGCUAUAUUUGAAGUCUGCUAAUAGCUUUUCGUGUGGAACAACCUGAAAUUCAUGUCGUAAUUCACAGAAGAUUUUGCCUUAACAAUUUUGUGGUCACCAUUCGCUUUCAUUGUAAGGAAAAGAGCAGCUUGGACAUUCUUCCGAUCAUCCCCUUUUGUGCUCCAAGGAAGAAAGGAAGUCAUACUGGUUUGAAUGGACAUGAGGGUGAGUAAAGGAUGACAGAAUUUUCAUUUUUGUGUGAACUGUCCCUUUAAAUGUGAAUACCUGUUACUGUUAUUGGUGGUGUGACCACUUGUUAUCAUUAUUUGUGUCCCACCUGCUGUUUUAUCUCUUGUAGAUUGUAUUGAUUAUAUGCAGACAUAUUUAAAUACACAUAAGUAUUUAAUAUAGGUAUUCAUUCAUGUGAUGCAGAAUAUAUAGUAUAUGCAUGAGUGUAUGAGCUUGUAUGAAUGUGUGUGUAUACAUGUGUGUGCCCAUAUUCAUAUGAGACAGUGGGUGUGGGCACCCUCCUUCUGACAAUCUUUCAAACACUACCCAGACAAAGCACAAAAACAGAACAGUACCAUAACUGUACCACAGGGGGCACCACACCUCUGUCCUCUGAUCAGCUGCAACACUGCCAGGCUCUGUGCCCUCAUUUGGACUCACAGUCUAAACGUCUGCAGCCUGAGAACAGGCUCAGACAUCAAGACCGAAGAAGCAAUUCACCUCACCAUAGUGCCGCUAACCUGUGUCCUGUACCUUCUCAUCUCUCAUAUAGUGUAGCUAAUGCAUUCACUUUCUUAAAGAGAUAGUUCACUUCAAAUUAAAAGAAUGUUAUCAUUUAUUCACCCUCAUGCUGCUUUAUUCCGUGAAACACAAAAGGAGAUUUUUUGCCAUAUGUUCAAGUUGCUCUAUUCCAUACAAUGGAAGUGAAUGGGGACUGGGGCUGUCAAGCUCCAGAAAGAAAAGAAAAUCACCAUAAAGUAUUCCACAUGACUCAUGCAUAACAUUUCAAGUCCCCUGAAGCCAUGCGAUAGCUUUGUUUGAGGAAAAGUGUGAAAUUUAGGUUGCUUUUUACUGAAAAUCUUUUCCUUCACCAUAGCUCUUGAAGCGAAUUCGUGCUUGCGUGCAUUCAGGCCAUGAUAGACAUCAGUGACAUUAGGUAUCAUUGAAUGUUGUGGAGGGCCAAAACCACCAUAGACAGUACUUUCACUUAUCG